AAUAUUUAUGAUGGCGGCUGCCGAUGCGGAACACCAGAAACUUAAGAGGAAAAUGUGCAAGAAGUUGAAUAGACUACGGGAGACCGUAUUAAAAAGGGAAAAUAUCUCAGUAGUUGAAUUUCCCACAUUGAUCUUGUGUGUAUGCAAUGGAGGGCUGGGCAACAGCGUUACCUAUGAGGAAAUGAUAGAGCUGUUCAGUCAUUAUGGAAGUAACUGUGAUGUGUUCAUGAUCCCUCGGAAGUCAUAUUCCUACGUGUGUUAUAGAUCAAUUGCUGAAAGUGAGGAGGCAUGUAAACAUCUGAAUGGACACAAAUUACCAGCCAACGAACAUAGACCAAAUGAAGUUGUCCUGUACACUUUCUUUGUUAAUGAAGUAGGACAGAGUGUGUCUCCAUCUAGAGACCGACCUCCGGGUCUGAUCCUGAUAGAGGAUGCUGUAACCGAGGAAUAUGCUGCAGAAAUUAUCAAAUCAGUAAAUUGGCAGGACAGUGAUAUCAAAGGUCAGCAGGGGCUUCUUAAGCAUCGUAGAGUGAAGCAUUAUGGGUAUGAGUUCAAGUACGAUAUAAAUAAUGUGGACCCUGAUGAUCCAUUACCAGAUGGUAUCCCAGAUGUAUACAAGCCUAUGUUGGACAGACUUCUGGACAAUGGUGUGAUCAAAUAUUAUCCUGACCAGCUCACUGUCAAUCAGUACCAGCCUGGACAAGGCAUUCCUCCCCAUGUUGAUACAACAACAGCAUUUGAAGAUGGUCUGGUAUCUCUUAGUCUAGGAUCACAGGUUUUAAUGGAAUUCAGGCAUCCAGAUGGUAGACAUUUGUCAGUUUUGCUGCCACCUCGAAGUUUGCUGAUAAUGACAGGUGAAUCAAGGUAUAUAUGGUCACAUGGGAUAACCCCUAGGAAAUCGGAUAUAGUUCCAUUACCAGAUGGUGGUCUCACACUGUUACAGCGAGGUGUGAGAACGUCAUUCACAUUCAGAAAAAUUACAGGAGCUAAACCUUCACAACAAAACAGUGAUAAGCCAAGUGUUCCAUGUGAUGAUUCUACUGCUGCAGAGCUUGAGAAGAAACAUGUAUAUCAGGUGUAUGAAGAAAUAGCAGACCACUUCAGUGGUACAAGGCACACACCUUGGCCUAAUAUUGCAGAAUUUCUAAAGCAGCAGGCACCAGGAUCACUCCUGGUUGAUAUAGGAUGUGGCAACGGGAAAUAUUUUGGGGUCAACAAAGACUUGUUUGAGAUAGGUUCAGAUAGGAGCUAUAACCUGGCCAAGAUAGUUCAAGAGAGAAAUUUUCAAGUUUAUGUUGGUGACAUCUUAUCUAUACCACUGAGAGAUGGAGUGUUUGAUGUGUGUCUAUGCAUAGCUGUUAUACAUCAUUUAUCAACUGAGGAGAGGAGAAGGCGAGCUGUGUGUGAGUUAUUGAAAGUUCUGAGACCAGGUGGACAAGCGUUGAUUUAUGUGUGGGCUAUGGAACAGGAGGUGAACAAAGUGAAGUCAAAAUACCUCAAAGAAAACAAGACAAGUGACAAAGCUGAGGAAAACAGUUUCUCUACACAUGAGUUGUCUGAAAAUUUGAACGAGUGCAAUGGUAAUAGUGAAUGUACUUAUCAUGGUACUGGUGAAGUUAGUAGAAAUACAUCAGAAAAGGAAGAAAGUAUGGAAAAUGAAACUUGUAACAAAGUAGGAAUUCAGGAGAAAACUGAACAGAAGAGUGAAUGUUCAAAUAAUGAUGACAAUUCUGAAGAAAAUGUGAGGACAGUUGCUUCGAAUUCUUCAAGUGAUCUUAAAACUUUAGAAGUACAUGUGAAUAGGACUCAGUUUAAACAGCAGGAUCUUCUGGUGCCAUGGCAACUGAAGAGUAAACAAACAAAAUCUGGUAGUGCUCCAACAUUUCAUAGAUUUUACCAUGUUUUUCAGAAAGGUGAACUGGAAGCACUAUGUGAAAGUGUAAAAAAUUGUAAGGUGAUAAAAAGUUACUAUGAUCAAGGAAAUUGGGCUGUGGUUCUAGAGAAAUUGUAGUAGAUACAGUUAUAUUACAGUCUGUGAUGAACCCAAUUAAAUAGAUAAAAGAU